GUAGUAUAUGCUAACAUUAGUCAAUUUUUUUUAAUAAAGCAUGUAAUUUUAUGUAUAUUUUUAACUGAUUUAAGAUAAAUAUAAAAAAUAAAAAUAAAAAUAAAAAUGGGCACAUAGUACAUUUGCAACUCAGCUCUUUGGGUGCCUCGAUCAGCCGGCAAGAUUAUAGAAAAGGCACAAUCUACUUCCAUUGCUCUAUCCGAUUGCCCAAUGUCUCAAAAUUCAAGAGGUCGACCCACACACCCUGACCCUGCAUUAAAUUACUGAACCGGCCGGCGAGGACAGUUCCGUACUUUCACAGCGGAAGACCACAAAAAGCCCUCUCGUGUGCCGGCGCUAAAACCUUAUUUGCCGCCACCUUCGUGUGUUUGUUUUUCAUGUUAUCUGUUUUUCAAAACACACACAAAAUCCUCGCUCCUUAUUCUUCGUAACCAACUCUCUCCCUCUCUCUCUCUCUCUUUCUUGCUCUUGCCGGAGUAGAAAAAUCCGGCGGAGGGUGCAGAGAGAAAUUAAUUAAGAACCAUGAAGAGUGAGAAUGAACAGGUGGUUUUCGAUCAGUCUCCGAAACCCAGAAGAGCGAGAUCCCGAGAGGUGAGCUCACGGUAUCUCUCUCCUUCUUCAACCGCCUCUUCGCACGAAAGCGGAAUCCCAUCUCCGAACAGCCAAUCGCUCUCGCCGAUUGGGCACAAACCCAUGACCACCAACAGUACUAGUACUGCUUCCUCCAAUACUCGGAAGCAACAUAAGAGCCUGGAUGACUCAGGAUUUACGCGAGGACUUUGGCCUUCAUCGGCUACUACCACUUCUUCUUCCUCCUCCUCUAAGCCGAACAAGAAUUUCGGUACUCUAGGCGAUCAUCUUGGAAACGAGAGGCUGAAAGAUCGGAAAAAGGAUAAGAAAUCCGGGAAAGACGUCAUCAAUGGGAUUUUUCUCAAUAGACAAAGAAGUUCCGGCGAGUUCAGUAGGUUUGAGAAUCAGAAGGAGAUCAGUACUCAUGCCAAAGAAAAUAACAGACCAAGGAUUGGAGGGUCCAUGAGAUAUACCGAAAAGUUAACGCUUCCGGGAAAAUCUUCGUCUAAAACUACUUCGGGUAUUCUUCCUGGAAGAUUUUCCGUAGAUGAAAAUGAUUUAUACCGGAAAAUUUCUGAACCAGAAUCGGAUUCUUUCACUGAUACUUUUGACUUGGACUCAGAGUCCGGCAAGAUGGGUUCUCCGGCUACAGGAAAAAUCUCGGCGAGUUCACGGAAAUCGGGCAUCGAAGUUUCUUCAAAGUAUAUGAGUGAAAUAUCGGCAAGGCGGGCUUCGGAUUCGUAUGUUCCGGUGUCGUUUGAUAAUUCUCCGAGCUCAAAGAAGUUCAACAUAAAAAAUGCGAUCAAGAGGGUGAAUUCUCUCUCGAGCGCCAAGUCACAGUGGGCAUUGUCGCCGGGGCGGUCGGGGUCGACGCCUAUAUCAGUGGAAAAUAAAGGGAUACUGACGUCGUUUUCGAGUUUGAAGCCUCCGAAUAGUCCCUCGAGAGCAAAGGGUGUGGAGAAAUUACUGAACAUGGGGUGGGACUUGCUCAAGGGUAAGAAAUCUUCUUCUUCCUUAAGCUCGAUGCCGCUUCUGUCUGGUAAUUUGGAGAGCGUUCAUCAACUUCGGCUGCUUCAUAAUCGGUUGAUGCAGUGGCGGUAUGCCAAUGCUAGAGCUGUGCCUGUGAACGGGACCAUAACUAAUCAGGCAGAGAGAGAUUUGGUAUAUGCUUGGGAUGGUCUGACAAAGCUGCGGCGUUCUGUGAUACAUAAGAAAUUACAGGUUGAGAAGGAAAAGCUUCACAUGAAGCUGAACUAUAUACUCUACUCCCAAAGCAAGCUAUUGGAAGCCUGGGGUAAUAUGGAAAGACAACAUGUAUCAGCAGUUUCCAACACUGACGAGUGUUUGCAUGCUGUUGUCUGCAAAGUACCCCUAACUGAUGGUGCAAAGGUGGACAUCCAAUUAGCCACCAUCAAACUUGGACAUGCAUUGGAUCUCACAACUUCCAUCAAGUCUAUUUUUACUAGUUUUGCACCCACGGCUGAGAACACUGUUACAUUGUUGUCAGAAUUAGCAGAGGUUGUUGCACAAGAAAAGUUGCUUUUAGAGGAGUGUCUUGAACUUUGCAGAACCAUAUCUACCCUCGAGCUUCAAGAGAGAAGUAUGAAGUGCAGCAUUGUUCAAUUGAAAUUAUAGCAACAACAACAGCAACGACAACGACAACAACACUAACAAGAAGAGAUCCGAGUAUAUGGUCAGAGUUUAGGAGAUGAGGACAAAAUUACACGACGUAUAAAUUUCAAGUAUAUGAUAGAAUGAGUGAUUGGUCAUGUGGACUUGUUGAUGUAAUUAGAUGUGAUUAUUCAUUACAAACACUUUCAAAAAGCCAAGAAAUUUUCUACAACAGAUUUUUUGUUU